UGCUGCUCUGCCCUCCAGCCCCAGUUGGGGAGGAUGGGUUUGUGCUCAGGGGCUUCAGCAGCAAUGCUUUGUGGGAGGCAAAUCCUGCCAGCCUUGCUGAGGCAGGAGAAAGCGGCAGGGACAAGGGCAGGACCCGCACGGGAUGCCAAGGAAGAAAGGAUGGUCCUCUGGCAGAGACGGCCUUGGCCCCAAGGAGCCCAGCUGAAGGGGGCUGCAGCCCCCUCUCUCUGCCCGGCCCUUGCAGGCUGCCCACCGGCCUCUCUCCCUGGCAGGCAGGACGGAGGACCCGGUUGACUUGCCCUUGGGGCUCCAGGCAGGUGACGGUUCAACAACUGAAAGGCAAGGAAUACGAAGAAAGAAUGGAAAGGCAGGAGGAAUAUCCCGAAGCCUUUCUAGAAGAGGAAGCAAAGCCUGUCGCCCCAAAAGAGGAAGAGGCCAGAGUUGCGCCAGGGCUGUGGCUUCCUGUUCGGAGGAGAGGCGGCGAUGCAGCGGCAGGCGGCCCCAGGAGAGGCAGGCCAGGGCCCCGUCCUGCUCUGGCGGUUGCCCCUUCCGCGGCGGCCGGGCUGGGUAAGCAGGAGGGCCAUGCAAUGCGCCUUCUUCCUCAGCCAGAACCUUGAGCUCAGCUGGACUUUGUCUGGAAGCUUCCAUGGUGAAGCUUAACAUGGAGCACUCAGACCCCAGCCGUGAUUCUGGCCUCAGGGACAUCUUGGCCAGUUACGGAGGAGGAGAGCUGGGCUGCAGUGCCGAAGGCUCUGUGGGAGUAAGGCAGGACCCCCUGGCCCCCCCCCCAAUGGCGCCCCAGCCGAAGCCAUGCCCCCCCCUCUCAUCUUGUGCCCAGAAGACCUCGAUUUCUGGCUGGGAGGGUGGGAGAGCAUGCAGAGCAGGCAAGGCUUUGCCCGGUCAGAUCAGAACCAUGCCAAGGAAUCCAUCCCUGAAGGUGCUGCUCCUCCUCUUCCAGGGGGUUUAGACAUCUGCGCUGAGGAGCUGCCCAGGGAAGGCGGCCUGCUCCCUGGGGGCCCCAAGAGGUGGGAGAGGGGCCUGGGUGAUGCCACGCAGGCUCUCUUCCAGGCCAGUAUCUGUCAGGCCCAGAUGUGUGUCCUGGACCUCCAGGGAGAGCUCAACAGGAAGGAGACAGGUCCUCCAAAGAGUUUUCCCCUGCAUCCUACCCAGAAGGUGCUGGAGCUGCCCUGGGUGCAGGAUUCAGCUUUCUCCCAUGAACCUGUGCUCCUGGACACAGACAGUGGGGAAGAGGAAGGAGAGGAGGAGGAGGAGGAGGAGGAGGAGGAGAGCUUUGGGAGGCAGGAGGAAGAGGAAGGCUUGUCUGAGGAAGAAGAAGAAGAGGAGAUGGAAGGCCUGUUCUACGACAACCCCCUCUUCCAGGAGAGUCCUGGCCCUGCAAGAAGCGCCAGCUUCAAAGAACCAGCCCUGGGAGACCAGCAAGCAGGACGGCCUCUGAGCCUCAGAGAUGGGACCCACGACAACAGCCUCUUCCCCAAGGUUUGCCAGGUGACUGUGCCAAAGAACCCUCCAGCCAGUGAUCCUCACCCUGCAGGCGCCCCCAGCCCUUUCCUGAGCAACCUGCCCCAGUACCGGUCCCUGUCCCCGCUGGUGAUCACAGAAGGAGAGCUGGAUGUUUCCCAGGAGGAAGAGGAAGGAGAGCAGGGCCUCAAGUUCCAGGCCCAGGAAUGCUUCCCAGCCCAGCCAGCUCACAGUGUUUCUGAGAACCCCGAUGCAGGUGCUGAUCCACCCGCCCAAGGCCUUCUUUUCUCCACCUGCAGCACUUCCCUGAUGUCAGCACUGCUGCAGGAGGCUCCCGAGUGCCACACCACCCAGCAGCCCCCUCCAUCUCCCAGAGAAUACAGACGGACAGUUCCCCAUAGCUCCCCAGUGCCCUCAGCCCUUGUGGAAUGGGGCCCCUGGCGCAAGAAGUCUGAGCCCCGGGACUCAUUCUGUGGCUGCCAGUCACCCUCCUACGCAUGGGCGAAGGCGCUUGGGGGAACUUCCUGUCUGCGGGAGGGAGCCUGUGCGCAUGAUCUGCACCCUGCUUCGCUCAGUGGCCCUGGGAGGAAGUUGGAGGAAGACUCCGUGGAGGGGUUUGUGGUGGCUGAGUUGCCCGCUGGGGCAGCUGAGGGAGGUGGCAGAGAGAAAGAGGAGAAGGAGGAAGAUCCAGCUGCCCAGCAACAGAACUGCCCCCAAGGCCUCUCUGGAAAUCCUGGGCACAUGGCGCUGGACCUGGGCACCAAGGAGCAAGUUCAACCUGAGGGGAGUCCACUCUUUGCUAACGGCACAUCUGGGGACCAGGCAGCUGCCCUGCGUCUAGCUACCCGCCUCUACCACCUGGAUGGCUUCAAGAGGUCUCAGGUGGCUGCCUUCCUUCGGAAGAACAAUGAGUUCAGCCAACUGGUGGCUGAAGCCUACCUCUCCUUCUUCCACUUCCGGGGACAGGCGCUGGAUCAGGCCCUCAGGUCAUUCCUGAAGGCAUUUGUGCUCACGGGGGAGACCCAGGAGCGCGAGCGGAUCCUCCAGCAUUUCUCCCAGCGCUAUCACAACUGCAAUCCGGAGGCCUUUCUCAGCCCAGACGCUGUGCACACCCUCACCUGUGCCCUCAUGCUUCUCAACACCGACUUGCAUGGGCAGAAGGUAGGCCGGAGCAUGUCCUGCCAGGCCUUCCUCAGCAACCUGGAUGGCCUGAAUGAUGGGCAGAACUUCCCCAAGGAGCUUGUGAAGGGCCUGUAUCACUCCAUCCGCCAGGAGAAGCUGCAGUGGGCUGUGGAUGAGGAAGAGGCUUCCAGCACCCCCACAAGGACCCAGCCCCCCUCGGCCUCUAGCCAGAAAAAGAGCAACCCCUUCCUGACGCUGUUGCAUGAUUCAGGCACUCAGACAUACCGCCAGGGCCUGCUUGCCCGCAAGGUCCAUGCUGAGGCAGAUGGGAAAAAGACACCCUGGGGCAGGAGAGGCUGGAAGAGUUUCCACACUGUCCUGAAAGGGACUGUGCUCUAUUUCUUUAAGGAUGAGAACUGGACAGAGGCCUUGGAAGAGCCUGUUGGAGUGCUCCAUGCCCUGGCAGAGCGGGCCAGCAAAUACACCAAGCGGCCCCAUGUCUUCCGGCUGCAGACAGCUGACUGGAGCAUCUUCCUCUUCCAAGCUCAAACUGCGGAGGAGAUGAGCUCAUGGAUUUCCCACAUCAACCUGGUGGCUGCCAUGUUUUCCUCACCACCCUUCCCAGAAGCCGUGGGCUCCCAGCGGAAAUUCACUCGGCCCAUCCUGCCAACAGCACCCUGCAAGAACUCUCUGGAGGACCAGUACCAGGCCCACGAGGGUUACAUGGACAAGGCCUCUGAUGAUCUCCAGGAGCUCCAGCGAAACCUCCCGGAUAAGCGCAGCCGUGGUCAGGACCUGGAGGAGUACCAGCUGAGGAAGGAGUACUUGCUGUAUGAGAAGCGCCGGUACGAGGCUUAUGUGCGGCUGCUGGAGGUGAAGCUCAGCUGUGCUGGCAUCGAUGUGUCAGAGGACCCGGACCAGUGGGCUGCUCACCUGAGGGAGGCAGCGGAGGAAGGCAGCUGCCCUGGCCUGCAGAAGUCCUACUCCAGCCCGUCCCUGAAUGUGGAGGGCCCCCCCACGGCCCCCACUGGGGUCAAGGUAAAACGGAACAUCUCAGAGCGCCGGACGGUUCGCAAGAUCAUCACCAGGCGCAACAAGCACUUGCUGUGACCGGACUCCCCCCAACACCCAUUGUCCCAAAGCUGAACCAGGAAUGUUUGCUCUCGGUGGGCCUUCAGAUUAGGAAAGGGGCUGUGGAGUGGGAAGACGUUGCAUUUGCGGCCUUUGGGCAUGAGGGGCAGCACAGCUUGGAAGUCCAGUGGCCCAAGUGCAUCACUGAGCGCUGGACCAGCCAGAGCCAAGCCCCUGACAUCCCUCCCCACAGAUGGGCCCCUCAGGGCUGGCCUCUUGCUUUGCCUUGCCAAGACUGCCAAGACUCAGGGAAAGUGUCCUGCUGCUGGGAUCUCUGUGCAAUAAACAGGACUGAUGGACUGAA